AUGGUUGACCGUAAGCCCAACUUCGAAACCCUCCAGGUCCAUGCUGGCCAGGCCCCCGAUUCAAGCACCAAUGCCCGCGCUGUCCCCAUCUACGCCUCCUCCUCCUUCGUAUUCAACAGUUCUGAGCAUGGCGCCAACCUCUUUGGUCUUAAGGAAUUCGGAAACAUUUACUCCAGAAUCAUGAACCCCACUAAUGAUGUCUUUGAGAAGCGCAUCGCCGCUCUCGAGGGUGGUGCUGCCGCGGUCGCGACCUCCUCCGGUCAGGCUGCCCAGUUCCUCGCCAUCUCUACCCUGGCCCAAGCUGGUGAUAACAUUAUUGCCUCCUCCCAUCUCUACGGUGGAACCUACAACCAGUUCAAGGUCUUCCUGCCCCGCUUUGGCAUCAAGGUCAAGUUCGCGGACUCGGACGAGCCCGAAGCCAUUGCCAAGCUGAUUGAUGAGCGCACCAAGGCCGUCUUCAUCGAGUCCAUCUCAAACCCCAAGUACAUUGUUGCCGACAUUGCCGGAAUUGCAAAGGCCGCCCACGAACACGGUGUUCCCCUGAUUGUCGACAACACCUUCGGUGCCGGUGGAUAUUUGAUCCGUCCAUUCGAGCAUGGCGCUGAUAUCAUUGUCCACUCUGCGACCAAGUGGAUUGGAGGUCACGGCACGACUGUUGGAGGCGUGAUCGUUGAUAGUGGCAAGUUCAACUGGGGUAACGGACGUUUCCCAGAUUUCACUGAACCCUCGGAGGGAUACCAUGGAUUGAAGUACUGGGAGACCUUUGGAAAUAUCUCGUACGCAAUCAAGACCCGUGUUGAGGGGCUGAGGGAUCUGGGUGCUUCUGCUAAUCCCUUUGCUAGCUUCUUGCUUUUGCAAGGAUUGGAGACCCUUUCUCUUCGUGUGCAGCGCUCUGUCGACAAUGCUCUCGCGUUGGCUCAACAUCUCGAGAACCACCCCCACGUCGAAUGGGUCUCGUACCCAGGUCUGGCCUCACAUCCCUCGCACAACCACGCCAAGAAGGUCCUUAGCCACGGAUUCGGAGCUGUCUUGUCCUUCGGCAUCAAGGGAGGUCCUAAGGCUGGCGCUCUCUUUGUCGAUAGCGUGAAGCUGGCAUCGCACCUGGCCAACGUUGGAGAUGCCAAGACCUUGGUUAUCUCCCCUGCCUCGACCACUCACCAGCAGCUGACAGAUGAGGAACAGCUCUCUGCCGGUGUCACCAAGGAUCUUAUCAGAGUCUCGGUCGGCAUCGAGCACAUUGACGAUAUCAAGGCCGACUUUGACCAGGCCAUUGCCAUCGUCGCCGCCAAGGCCUAA